CGAAUGGUGUCCCACGUCUCAUGUCGCUACCUCCAUGGCGUGGUAGUGGAUUAAAAGGGGUUUGCAGCUCGAGAGAGAGACAAGCAAGAAAUUCGUAUAAUAAUUAGACUAAUAGUCGAGUCUACGGCGGAAGGAACCGACUAGAGACCGACUUUAGGAAAUUGGGGAAUCCUUUCAGAUUAACUCGAAUCCAAACCUUCCUGCCUUCUCUUCUACCUUUUCUUAUAUACACUCCGCACAUUGCCUCACUCAAUCGAUAACAGCAUCUAAUAAUAUGGCCGCUCAACAGACCAUCACCGUCCCCCACUUGGGUGGCAUCGAAGUUGGCUAUGCCCUGUCCAACAACAACAUUUACGACCCCUCCAAGCCGACUUGUGUGCUCAUCAACUCGAUGUGCAUGACUGUGUCGCUCUAUCGCCCCCAGUUCGAGGAUGCUGAGUUGACCAGCACCGCCAACUUGCUUGCCAUCGAGCCUCUUGGCCAUGGCGCCACCCGCUGUCUGGCGCCCGCCGCCGAACACUUCACUUACUGGGACUCGGCCAUCAUGGCCCUUCAGGUGAUGGAAAAACUGGGCAUUCAGCAGGCGUUUGCCCUUGGAACCAGCCAGGGAGGAUGGGUUGUAGCACGCAUGGCUCUUUUGGCGCCAGAUAGGAUCCUUGGCAUCCUGCCCCUUGGUACUUCGAUGGAUUACGAAUCGGCCGACUCCCGCACCAAGGAUUGCUGGGACCCCGUUACCCUACUUACCCCAUUCCUGGAGAAAUGGACGACCGAAACCGCCACCCCAGACUUUGUGGUCGACGACGUAUGGUGUGGUAUGGUGGCGGGAAUCGGCUUUGGGGCGGCGGGAACGCCCGAGACGAUCGACUUCUGGGUGCAGACGCUGAAGCAGGUCUAUACGGGAGACGAGGGACGCAAGAAAGUGCGCAUGGCGUUGAUGUGUCUGCUGACGCGAGAUGGUCUGCUGCUGCGGCUGAAGGAUGUGCGGUGCCCAGUGUUUUGGUUGCAGGGGACGGAAGAUUUCCCCUUCAAGACCACGGUCCCCGCAGAACAGAUCCAGCGGUUCUCCGCAAGUAAGGAGGCUAGGUUGCAGAUGGUAGAGGGGGGCGCGCACUACCUGAAUGCGACGCAUCCCCGGGAGGUCAACGCGGCGAUCCGUGAGAUGGUCACUCGCUAUAGUGCCUGAGCGGCAGCUGGAAGGAGGUAAAAAUAAUAUGGGCUACUGUAGCGGCGCAGAUAAUGACUAGAGUAGUACGGAGUUAGCCCCAGGAAAAUGUUGAACAGUUCAGG